UUCAAAGAUAUGAACCAUACUUUUUUCUUAAGUAUUCAGGCCAUUAUUGAAGCUCAAGAGAACCAAAAAUGGUGCUACACACACUUGAACUCUUGAAGAAAGAAGUACCACUAGAAGAGGAAUCACUUUGCAUAUCGGAAGAUAUCAAAACCGGACUCGUUCUUGUUGACAUCAUCAAUGGCUUCUGCACCAUUGGAGCUGGAAACCUGGCACCAAGAGAGCCAAACCACCAAAUAUCCGAAAUGGUCGAUGAGUCGGUAAAACUUUCAAGAAUUUUUUGUGAGAACAAAUGGCCAGUUCUUGCGUUUUUAGAUACACAUCAACCUGGAAAACUCGAACACCCUUAUCCUUCUCACUGUCUUGCUGACUCUCAUGAAUCCAAUUUGGUUCCUGCUCUAGAGUGGUUGGAGAAAGAGCCGAAUGUAACAAUUAGGCGCAAGGAUUGUUACGAUGGAUAUAUUGGUUCUAUUCAAGAAGAUGGUUCAAAUGCUUUUGCGGAUUGGGUCAAAACCAACGACAUCCAACUAUUAUUGGUGGCAGGAAUAUGCACAGAUAUAUGUGUGCUGGAUUUUGUUUGUUCAACAUUAUCAGCAAGAAAUCGUGGUUUUCUAGCACCAUUGGAAGAUGUGGUGGUGUAUUCCCAUGGUUGUGCUACCUUUGAUUUCCCAGAAUCGGAUGCAAGGGGCACUAAAGAUGCCUUAGCUCAUCCUCAGGAGAUAAUGCACCAUAUGGGUCUUUACAUGGCUAAAGGAAGAGGAGCAAAAAUAGCAAAACAUGUCUCUUUUGGUGGACUAAAAAAGUAAUUAUAUGUUGCGUAUGUUAAAGUUUGUCUCUAGAAAGACAUGAUGUGCUUUUUCUUAUUAUGUUAAUUUCUAAAAUAAUGCCCAAGUUACAAGUUUGAACUGCCUAAGUUGACAUUAGCAUUACCACUGUAUGAUCGAUACAUUUAAAUACUACUUUACAUAGC